CGCCCAGCCACAACCGCCCCCGCCAAAUGCCCGCCGCCGACUCGACCGGAAGUACUCCGUCUCUGAGGCGGCCUCCCCGCAGUCAGGCUCGGCGCUCAGCACGUCGUUGUCGAACGCGCCCGGGUCGUACACGAUCCCGCCGCACCCACCGACGCUGCUGUCCGCGCUGCGGUCGCUGUUCAUGCACAUCAGCAAGCACCCCGCGGAGCGCGGCACGGUCGCGCCGCGCGCGUUCAUCGACAAGUUGAAGGAGCUGAACGAGGUGUUCCGCGGGUCCAUGCACCAGGAUGCGCAUGAGUUCCUGAACUUUUUGCUGAAUAAGAUCGUGGAGGAGAUGGAGGAUGAUCGGCGGAAUGGGGUGGGUUCGUGGCAGGCGAACGGGCAUGGACAUGGACAUGGGAAUGGGAGUGCGGCGGGGAGCACGCUGAACGAAGAAGAUUUGUCUUCGUCUAUAGCGACCUUGUCCACCACGGCCGCCGGGCCCUCGUCGACCGCCUCCAAGACGUCGCAGCCGUCGCACUUCCAGGCGACGCUCGUGCACCGGCUGUUUGAGGGCGUGCUCACGUCCGAGACGCGGUGUCUGACGUGCGAGACGGUGUCGUCGCGGGACGAGAGCUUCCUGGACCUGAGCAUCGACAUCGAGCAGAACUCGAGUGUGACGGCGUGCCUGCGGCAGUUCAGCGCGAGCGAGAUGCUCUGCCAGAAGAACAAGUUCUUCUGCGACAGCUGCUGCGAUCUGCAGGAGGCGGAGAAGCGGAUGAAGAUCAAAAAGCUGCCGAACAUACUCGCGCUGCACUUGAAACGGUUCAAGUACCAGGAGGAUCUAGGGAAGUAUAUCAAGCUCGCGUACCGCGUCGCGUUCCCGCUCGAGCUCCGUCUCUUCAACACCGUCGACGACACGGAGAAUCCAGAUCGGCUGUACGAGCUGUUUGCGAUUGUCGUGCAUAUCGGAAACGGACCACAUCAUGGCCACUAUGUGACGAUCAUCAAAGCCCGCGGGACGUGGCUGCUCUUCGAUGACGACGGCGUCGAUGUCAUCAGAGAGUCAGAUAUCCCGCGAUAUUACGGCGAGUCGACCAACGGUUCCGCCUACGUCCUAUAUUACCAGGCGGUUGAUCUCGACAUGACCGCGCUUGGCCUCAAGAACCCGGAGCCUGCACCGUCGGCUACGGACAUGGGCUCUGCGCCUCCCGCGAAGCCCGCGAACUCGAUCACCGUGUCGGCGACAGCGUCGAGCGAAGUCGACUUGAGUUCGCCGGCGCUGCCGCCGGGCCUAACGGAAGAAGACUCGUCUGAGCGGAGCGAGUUGAGCUCGCUACAACCUGCCACCCCUGCCUCCCAGCCCAUCCCCCUUCCGUCCGGCCACACAGUAAAAGGGCCUUCGAUACCGCCCCUGACGAUACCCCAAUCCAGCACGUCCGGCCCGCCGACGCCUGUGCAGUCUACCUCGCUGGGGAGCAACGGCAGCAGCAGCGCGCGGGGGCUGUUCAGCACGCUUCGACAUAGCCGGUCGAGCGGCGCGGAGAAGGGUGCGGACAUCCGCAAGAGCUGGCUGAACGUCGACGCGGCGCUGGUGCCACCCGUGCCGUCGCUCCCGUCGCCGACGACGGCCAAGCGCGCGCACCGGCCGACGACAGCGGCGAGCACGACGAGCACGACGGAGGGGUACGAGAGCCCGAGCGAGCCGGGCAGCCCGUCGCUGCACUACAAUGCGGGCGCGGGCGCGAACGGCUCGAGCACGAGCACGGGCGCGGGGAAGAGCCCGGAGAAGAAGACGAGUGGGUGGUUCAAGCGGAAGAGCUCCCGCCUCGAAGUGUCGUUCAGCGGGACGACGUCGCCGGCGGCGAGGGACGAGAGCGCAGCGUACAUGCGCUCGCAGACGGUCAAGGAGGGCGCGUCGGUCUCCCGCCGGAUGUCCGCGUCAGGCUCUGCGGCCGGUCCGUCGAGCGUACCGUCGGCGCUCAGUAGCUCCUUGGGUACGCUGUCGAUGUCGCCGCUGCCACCACCCGCCAUUUCAGGAUCUCCGGUGCAAGCGCGCGCUGGGGUACCGGACCACAAGAAGUCCACACCUGACUUGCCGAAGAGCAAGGGCGGCAGAUCAUUGGCGUCGUCCGCUCUGGCUAAGCUCCCGCGCAGACCGUCGACGGCCGGCGCGACGGUGGGUUCGAGCAGUCCGUCGUUCACUAGGCCAACAAGCAACCAAGCUCCACCGCUCCCACCCCUACCCGGGUUGCCAUAUGCGUCGUCAGACAGAAAAGACGGUGGGGUGACACAAGGGCCGUCGGCAAAUGGUAGUGCACACGUACCGUCAUCGCCGCGACCAGAUCGCAUGUCCAGUUCUCACCCACAGGCGUCCUCCGCGCCGCGCAGACCGAGCACCGCGCAUGACAACUCGCCGACAGCGAUCGGCUUCUCGACAAGCACGUCUACGAGCAGCACGAUGUCGUACGGGAGCCCUGUCGAGAGCACGCCGAAGAAGCGGGCGACGCGUAAACUCAGCUUCUCGGCGCCGAUGCUCGGGUUCGGGCGGAAGGAGAAAGACAGGUUCAAGGACCAGUCGCCGCCGAGCUCGUUCCCGGCGCGGUGACCCGCCGAUGCUGCUUGAGUCCCGCGCUGGUGUGGACAGUAUCGUUGUAUGUGCGUCGUCAGCAUCUAGACCGCGUCCCUUCUUGUGCAUAUCCUUUGGCUUUCGAUGCCUGCCGUUCGUCCUAUGAUUAUCGCUUUCCGCCGCAUGCUUCCGCCAGUCGUGUAUCUCUACGUACUCGCCGCUUGGUUGUAAUUCUCUCUCUUGUGUCGUCCAUUCACAUUCCCUCCUGCAGCCCCAUCGACCAUCGACCAUCGUUUGAUCUUAUAUGUAUUUCCCUUCUGCUCCACCGUUUGAGAUGGCAUGGAGACCCGUGCGACUGAUACGGUCGAUUGGUAGUAAAGCUCAGUAUCUACAGCACAAUGUACAUAUAUCACCCUGCACAGCUAGCUAAUACUUCAAUGACAAAUGAGUCUCAACCACCGA